AUGUCUUUCCUAGUCCAAGGAGGCGGGAAGAGAAUCGCUUCCAUAUGGACGCUGCGGAUCUCGCCAUAGGAAUUAACACAUUUUUCACAGACGAAAGAUAUAAAGCAUUUUCGAACUCCGCGAGACGGUCCCCGUGCGCGCGCUCUAAGCGUUAACAGUUGUUUGUGCCGAAAUGCUGGAUUCUGAACGCACCUUCCUCCCUACGGGGGACACUCCUCUCCUCGGCCCUUAACGUAUUUAAGAUGGCAGUUGGUGUCUGAUACUAUCCAGAGCCCUUUGGUUUGGGUCUGUAAUGGGAAGAUGUAGCCUAGCCUACCGCACGGCGGAUCAUCGGGUCAGGCAGUCAGUCAGUCAGUUACAGAGUACGCUGACAGGUGCUGGUCUGUCAUGAAGGAGUAAUAAUGCGUCAGGCGACUAUAAAGUAUAGGCUACUAGUCACAACGGAUUCGCGCAGAGUGAUUCUAAAUCACAGGCGCUGAAAUGCGUUUCUCUUUGAGUUCUGCGUGGUGUGAUAAUGCCCGACUUCAUUGCGCGCAGUAAAUUGGUUCGAUGUGACGAAUUGUCGGGGUUUUAUUUAUUUAUGUAUUUAUUUUUGAAGUCACAUUGUUACCCCGAGCACUUGUUGUUGCUGUUGUUUAAUUUUUUGAUCACUAUCCAUUUGGAAUGAAAACGGGAAGCCAAAAAUAAUUCGUUUUUAGGAGAUACUGAUGCAAUAAAUGUAUUGCAGAUUGUAUCUGCUAUAGUACUGCAAAUCUCGCAUUGCGCGCGUCGAGAAAGGGGUGUUACUUUGUUUAGUUUGAUGGAUGCUUGGCCUUUUCGCUGUAGGCGACACCGCCAGUAGGCUACUCUACAGAUUUAUGAAAUCUGAAAUGUCACAUUUGUCAUCACUGCGAUAGAGCGGGAUUGUAAUUAUUAUUUGACUCAUUGUGUUAUUCAUAGUACCAAAUGUUUCAUUUUUCAAGGGAAUUGUGAAGAAUUGAUUCGUUUAUGAAGUGUCCUCAUAUCCUCCUGAACGCGAAAUUGCCUCUUACUCGACCUCAUUAAUAUUCAGAAUUCUGGGGGCGCGCCCGCCCCGCAGGUUUGAAUUGUGAAAAGUUUGUCCUGUCUCUCUGGCUGCGCUCGCGCUUGCUCGGAAGAAAUUGCGUCUGCGCUGCGCAAUAUGUUAUUCUGCCCCUGAUGAAAAGGCCACCAACGACAGCUGCCUUUGACUGAGAUUGGAGUGUGGGUGCUCGGGAAAGAGAGAGAGAGAGAGGGGAAUCAUGGGUAAAAGCAUCGCACUCUGCCUCCUGCUGCUGGCCCUUUCCCACGCUGCCCGGAACCCGAGCAGGAGGAAGAAGACACAGUCCACCAGCAACCUCCUCCUGCAGGAGGAGGCCAAAGGUCCGAUGUGCUCCCUGGACAUCGCGUUCCUAUUGGACAGCUCUGAGAAGGCCACGCCCCUGCUGUUUGAGAAGCAGCGGGCGUUUGUGCGCAUCUUCGCGCAGAGCGUGGUGCAGAUGCAGACGGCGGGCUGGCGGCUGCGGGUUCGACUGGCCGCGCUGCAGUACAGCACCUCGGUCACUGUGGAGCAGGGCUUUGGGGACUGGCGGGACCUGGGCACGUUCCACGCCCGCGUGGGGCGCAUGGGGUACAUGGGGCGGGGCUCCAGCUCCGCCCACGCGCUGCGCAACGCCACCGAGCUCUUCGCCCGCGCGGCCGAGUCCUCCGGCCUGCGGGUGGCGCUGCUGAUGAGCACCGACGGCAACGACGACCCCCACAGCCCCAGCGCCGUCGCCGCGGCGACCGAGGCCAAGCGCGCCGGCGUGCGCGUCUUCGCCGUGGGCCUGUCGGAGCUCGCCCGCGACCCCGCCAACGCCGCCAAGCUCCGCGCCAUCGCCAGCGCCCCCGCAGAUGACCACGUCCUGAGCCUCACCGACAACGACCUGCCCGACCGGCUGCUCCUGGAGAUGAUAGAAACGGAGGGAGCAGCGAACCUUAACGCGGCUGCUCUUGAUCUCCACACCGCUGAUCUCUCUCUCUCUCUCUCUCUCUCUCUCUGGUUUGGAGCAGCUGUUGUUGAUCUGCCAGAUUGUACCCAGAAGAACAACAUGGCCAGAGAUGGAUGCCCACUGCCCAAUACCUGCUCCUGUGAAAAAGGAACAAGAGGUUCUCCGGGGAACCAGGGUAAAAAGGGGGAUGAAGGGAAACGAGGGCUGCCCGGAUCCAAAGGAGCGAUGGGGGAACACGGGCUCAACGGUCUCCAAGGAAGCGAAGGGAUUCAGGGCCACCCUGGGGGUCGGGGAGACAAGGGGCAACGAGGGGAGCGGGGAGCCCCAGGGGAGAAGGGAGCUAAGGGUCCAGAUGGGCCUGCCGGACCGCAGGGAGCCAGAGGAGAACAGGGCCCAACCGGACCGGCUGGCGAUCAAGGACCCCCUGGGCGAGAAGGAGCCAAAGGGGAGAGGGGGCCCACCUGGACGGGAUACCUGGGAACCGGGGAUCGGGACCCGGAGUGGGGGGGCGGGGUGUUGGGGGCGGGUCUGGGAGCAUUAACUGAUGCAUUAAUGAACCCAUUACAUAUUGAUUGCUUACUGAUUCAUUGCUCAAAGUGCAGACAGUCCAUGGGGGCUGGGGUUCUGUGUUUCCUGUCCCAUAAAGCUCCUGUUCUGAUUGGUUGGGUUCCUGUGUUUCAGGGUGACAAGGGGAACCUGGGCCGAACCGGCCCGUCUGGCCCGGUGGGGGUGGGAGAGCUGGGACUGCCCGGUCUUCCUGGGACUCCAGGGAUGCAGGGGAUUCAGGGUAUACCAGGAGAGGGCCUUCCAGGUCCUAAGGGAGAUCGAGGGCUGGAGGGCCCCGUGGGACAGAGGGGGUUGCCUGGAGUAGGGGUCAAAGGUGACAAGGGAAACGCAGGAGGGAAGGGCUUGCCAGGGGCCAUUGGGCUUCCCGGAUCAGGGAUCCAGGGAGAGAAGGGUGUCCAGGGGCCGGUGGGUCCCCCCGGUUCCAGGGGAGCCCCUGGAGUGGGAUUAAUAGGCCCCAAGGGAAAUCACGGAAUCCCGGGCGAGCCCGGAAUGCCGGGCAUGAGGGGGCAGGGAGCGCUGGGAAUCAAGGGGGAGCCCGGACUGAACGGGACGGCUGGGUUCCCAGGCAUCCCAGGAGAGGACGGGGCCGUGGGCCAAAAGGGUGAAACAGGGUUGCCAGGUCCACGGGGGCCUGAGGGAGAGCCAGGUAAAGGUGAACCAGGAGAAAAGGGCGACCGAGGGGACCGGGGCCAUAGAGGUCUCCCAGGAUCAGUGGGCCCUGUGGGGCCAGCGGGGGCCAAGGGAGAGCCGGGAAUUUUAGGGCUGACGGGCUUGCCAGGGCCAACGGGGAGGAGCUUAGCGGGGACAAAGGGGGACCCUGGUCCGAUUGGGCCAUCUGGCCCUGUCGGGGAGGCUGGAAUCGGGGUGACCGGACCCAAGGGGGACAAGGGACUCCCCGGACCUGUGGGACCAGCAGGAUUAAAAGGGAAAGGCUCCACCGGACCUCUGGGACUCCCCGGGUUGCCAGGUCCAGCGGGAGAGACAGGUCUAGAGGGGAAAGGGUUACUCGGUCCCAAGGGAAAUCAAGGGGUCCCCGGGGUCCCAGGGACGUCCGGCCCCCCUGGAGUGGGACUGAUCGGCCCCUCGGGUCUGGCGGGGCAGCCCGGGAUGACUGGGCCUCAGGGCCUGGCGGGGGACGGGAUUCAGGGCCCGAAGGGGGCGCUAGGAUUCCAGGGCAUGGCUGGCCCCCGGGGGGCCCCAGGAGAAGGUCGUCUUGGAUCAAAGGGAAACCGGGGGCCCAAUGGGGAACGUGGCAGAAAAGGAGAAGGAGGAGAAAUGGGAAAUCCAGGAUCAGCUGGAGCCGUGGGACAAGCUGGGCAGAAGGGGGACCCUGGCCUGACGAAAGAGGAAGUCAUCGAAAUCAUCAGAGAAGUUUGCGGGUGUGGCAUCAGGUGCCGGGAGAGGCCCUUGGAGCUGGUCUUUGUGAUUGACAGCUCGGAGAGCGUGGGGCCCGAGAACUUCGACCUGGUCAAGGACUUUGUGAACGCCCUGGUGGACCGCGUGCCCGUGAGCCGCGAGGCCACGCGCGUGGGCGUGGUCCUGUACAGCCACGUCGCCACGGUGACGGUGGGGCUGCAGCAGCCCUUCGACGCGGACGCGGUGAAGGCGGCGGUGCGCGGGAUGCCCUACGUGGGCGAGGGCACCUUCACGGGCAGCGCCCUCCAGAGGGCGGCGCGGGUGCUGCAGGCCGGGCGGCCCGGCGUGCGGAAGGUGGCGGUGGUGAUCACCGACGGGCAGACAGACCGGCGCGACGCGGUGGACCUGGAGGGCGCGGCGCGCGACGCCCACGCCGGCGGCGUGGAGGUGUUCGUGGUGGGCGUGGUCAGCCGCCGCGACCCGCACUACGCCGACUUCGUGGCCGAGAUGAACGCCGUGGCGACCGACCCCGACCACGAGCACGUCUACAUGAUCGACGACUUCAGGACCCUGCCCACGUUGGAAGGGAAGCUCUUGAGUCAGAUUUGCGAGUACGUCCAUGACACCAUCCUGAACGCCAUCGCCAGCUCCUUCCGGUCCUCCGGCCUCGGGCGCGGCCUGCCCCUCCUCCCGGGCCGGGGGGACACGCCCACCUUCACCAGAACGGCGACGUCCGGCGAGGACUCCCCGAACACCCUGACGGAAAGGUCCUCGCCGUCUCGGGACGUCCUGGGGCCGCCGGUCCCCUCCGCCGUGUCCGUCCUGGACCCCCAGACCGCCACCAACUGGCAAUACGUUCCAGACGCCACCCAAGCGCCCCCAACCCGCGUCAAACCCGGCGAGGGCUGUGAGCAGGAUUUGGACCCAGGCCCGUGUCGGAACUAUGCGGUGAAGUGGUACUAUGACUCUCUGGCUAACUCCUGUGCCCAGUUCUGGUUCGGCGGCUGCAAGGGGAACAGGAACCGCUUCGAGACCGAGUCCAACUGCAUAGAAGCCUGCGUUCGGAAAUGACCCGCACACACACACACACACGCGCGCGUGCGCAUACACACGCACAUACACACAC